GGACCAGCAGAGCUCAGAGGUUCCCACUGGUCCGUCUGUCCAGCAGGAUCAAACACAGCUGGACUCCAUAUUUAUGCUGCUGGAGGAAAACAUUGUCACUUUUGUGCAGAACGAGCUGAAGAAGAUCCACAAGGUUCUGAGUCCAGAUUACCCAGAAUGCUCAGAGAGUCAGAGAGAGGAUGAUGAGGUGUUGGGAGGUGAGGAUGAAGAGCAGAGGAGGAGCAGCAGAGAGGCAGUGAUGAAGAUCGCCUUGAACUUCCUGAGGAAGAUGAAGCAGGAGGAGCUGGCUGAUCAUCUGCAGAGCAAACAUCCUGCUGCAGUUUGUCAACAUCAACUUAUUUCUGGUCUGAAGAAGAAGUUCCAGUCUGUGUUUGAGGGAAUCGCUACAGCAGGAAGUCCAACCCCUCUGAACCAGAUCUACACAGAGCUCUACAUCACAGAGGGAGGGACUGGAGAGGUCAAUGAUGAACAUGAGGUCAGACAGAUUGAAACAGCAUCCAGGAAACCACACAGACCAGAAACAACAAUCAGACAAGAAGACAUCUUUAAAGUCCCACCUGGAAGAGAUCAACCAAUCAGAACAGUGAUGACAAAGGGAGUGGCUGGCAUUGGGAAAACAGUCUUAACACAGAAGUUCACUCUGGACUGGGCUGAGGGCAGAACCAACCAGAACAUCCAGUUCAUAUUUCCAUUCACUUUCAGAGAGCUGAAUGUAGUGAAAGAAGAAAAGUUCAGCUUGGUGGAACUGAUUCAUCACUUCUUUACUGAAACCAAAGGAAUCAGUAACUUUGAACAGUUCCAGGUUCUGUUCAUCUUUGAUGGCUUGGAUGAGAGUCGACUUCCUCUGGACUUUGAUGAUAAUCUGAUCCUGACUGAUGCUACAGAGUCCAGCUCAGUGGAUGUUCUGCUGACAAACCUCAUCAGGGGGAAACUGCUUCCCUCUGCUCUCCUCUGGAUAACCACAAGACCUGCUGCAGCCAAUCAGAUCCCUCCUGAGUGUGUUGGCAUGGUGACAGAGGUCAGAGGGUUCACUGACCCCCAGAAGGAGGAGUACUUCAGGAAGAGAUUCAGAGAUGAUGAGGAGAAGGCCAGCAGGAUCAUCUCCCACAUCCAGAAAUCAAAAAGUCUCCACAUCAUGUGUCACAUCCCCGUCUUCUGCUGGAUGACUGCUACAGUUCUGGAGGAAAUGUUGGAAACCAAUGAAAGAGCCGUACUCCCAAAGACCCUGACUGAGAUGUACAUCCACUUCCUGGUGGUUCAGACCAAAGUGAAGAAGGUCAAGUAUGAUGGAGGAGCUGAAACAGAUUCACAUUGGAGUCGAAAAAGCAAGAAGAUGAUCAAGUCUCUGGGAAAACUGGCUUUUGAUCAGCUGCAGAAAGGAAACCUGAUCUUCUAUGAAUCAGACCUGACAGAGUGUGGCAUCGAUAUCAGAGCAGCCUCAGUGUACUCAGGAGUGUUCACACAGAUCUUUAGAGAGGAGAGAGGGCUGUACCAGGACAAGGUGUUCUGCUUCGUCCAUCUGAGUGUUCAGGAGUUUCUGGCUGCUCUUCAUGUUCAUCUGACCUUCAUCAACUCUGGAGUGAAUCUGCUUGAGGAAUCUUUGACAGAAGAUAAAGAAUCAGCACUGGCUAAUUUACAUCAGAGUGCUGUGGACAAAGCAGUAGAGAGUCCAAAUGGUCAUCUGGACUUGUUACUUCGCUUCCUUCUGGGUCUUUCACUGCAGACCAAUCACACUCUCCUAAAAGGUCUGAUUUCACCGACUGAAAACAAAACCAGUCUGGAAUCAGUCCAGUACAUCAGGAAUAAGAUCAGUGAAAAUCUCUCUGGAGAGAAAAGCAUCAACUUGUUCCACUGUCUGAAUGAACUGAAUGAUCGUUCUCUAGUGGAGGAGAUCCAACAGUCUUUGAGUUCAAGAAGUCACUUAAAAGAAAAUCUGUCUCCAGCUCAGUGGUCAGCUCUGGGUUUCAUCUUAUUGUCAUCAGAGAAAGAUCUGGAUGUAUUUGACUUGAAGAAAUACUCUGCUUCAGAGGAUGCUCUUUUCAGGCUGCUGCCUGUGGUCAAAGCCUCCAAAAAAGCUAUGUGA